ACACCAACAACAUCAACACCAACAACAACAUCACCAGCAACCACACCAACAACAUCAACACCAACAACAUCACCAGCAACCACACCAACAACAUCAACACCAACAACAACAUCACCAGCAACCACACCAACAACAUCAACACCAACGCCCUCGUCACCAUUAUCAUCGACGUUACCAAGUACGAAAGAAACCUUGCUGUCCACAAUUCUGUUUUCAACGCAAGCUUCUACCACGACGACGACAACAACGACAAGAACAACUACAACAUCGACCCCUGCACCAACUACAACUGUGGCCCCACCAAAUAUACCGAACUUCGAGUGUCCGUUUGCUUAUACGGCAGUGAUGAAAUAUUACACGGAGGGUUACCUCGCAUUUAGCAACAACCAGGCAUUUAAAUUAGACCAGUUGGGGUCACUCAAAUCAGGGCCUCUUAAUAUACGGGACCUAUUUGAUAAUACCCCACCUUAUGUAUCCGCGGCGGCGUUUGAUUCAAGUACAAAUUCGAGCUACCUCUUUGCUAACGGAUCAGUAUGGAAGUAUGUGAACAACAUUCUUGAAACAGGAUAUCCGAAGGUUAUUAAUAUAUACGUGAUUGGCGCCGUUGUUAGUAACAAUAAACUCGUCCUUUCCAGUCUAUACUACAUAACGGAACUCGACAAAACCAAUUUGGAUACUGUACUGAGUCACCAGUACAGACUGCUCCGGUUUCCACUCGUACAGUUUUAUUUCAGUGACUCAAUACUCUCCCGGAACAAUGAGCUGGUUUACAUUGACUGGAAUGGGUAUACAGUAUGUAAACAUGAAGAAGGUGACUGUUAUAAUGUGCUUCGUUGCUAAACAGGCAUACACAAAUAUAUACAUAUAUAUACAUAUAUAUGCAUGUAUAUAUAUAUAUGUGUGUGUAUAUAUAUAUAUAUAUAUAUAUAUAUAUAUACACACACACACACACACACA